AUGUCUGAAAUUGAAACGAUUCAGCUUCCCCAAAGCUAUGUCACGCCAGCAGACAGCCAUGUCCGCAUCACAAACCACCCUCCUACCAGCAGUGGCGUGACUCCCAUCCUGAUUGCAACGCUGAAUCGGCCGCAAAAGCUGAAUGCCAUCACCUCAGAUAUGAUCUACGCCUUGAUCGCUCUUUUCAAAACUGUCAAUGCAGACGAGCGGGUAAAGGCAGUCAUUCUAACCGGCGCCGGGAAGGCCUUCUCCGCCGGUAUCGAUCUUACCAUGGACACUAGCAAUAUCAAGGACAUCGCACCGCCUAGCGAGAUGCGAGAUCUUGGCGGCACUCUAGCUUUGGCCAUGUUCAAUUGCAGCAAGCCUAUUAUCGUGGCCUACAAUGGACUGUCCGUCGGCAUCGGCAUGACAUCCACCCUGGCCGCGACGAUUCGCAUUGCUCCCCGGACCGCCGAGUUCGGGUUCCCGUUCGCCCGCAUCGGCAUCACCAUGGAGUCGUGCAGCUCCUUCUUCCUGCCGCGAAUGGUAGGAUACAGCAACGCAACAUAUCUCCUGGCAACGGGGAAGAGGUAUCCCGCAGACACGCCCGCCCUGAACGGCAUCUUUGCCGAGCUGGUCCCGGAGCCAAAGAACGUCCUGCCACGGGCCGUUGAGGUGGCAGAGGACAUCGUCGCCAACGUUAGCAUCAUGGCAGCUUACCUGAAUCGCCAGUUGAUCUGGAGAAACCCGGGUUCGGCUGAGCGAGCCCAUCUUGUCGACAGUCCACUGCUGUUCGACAUGUUUAGUGGAAAUGACCACCAAGACUUCAAGAAGGCCUUCUUUGCCAAGAAGAAACCCACGUUUUCGGCGGAUAUUUGGAAGGACGCGCCACGCGGAUAUCCCUGGUGGGACGAGCUGUCCGUCAAGACGCGUCAACCACGGAAGCAAACCACCGACAGCAAGCUUUGA